AAGUUUUUACGUUAUAUUUUCUCCCUUGGAAGGCUCAAAAUUCAAAUGUCAUUCACUUUUAACCUUUUUCAUCAGUUAUCUAUCAAUUGUAUAUCAGCCAUUUUCUGAUCAUCACACCAAGAACACCACAGCCUUGUUUAUACGCAAGCUGUUUCCCUUUUCCAAAACAGAAAGGUUGAUUGUUUCUACUACCAUUCAUCUACCCACUGACUGGGUCGUUUUUGUUUUUUGUCCAUUUUCGAUUGAGACAGAGAUAAAUAGAGAAUUUGGUAGUGGGGAAAGGAGAAAGAAAUGUGAUGGGAAACUGCUGAAAGGGUCUUUCUGUUCUCCGCCUCCGCCCUAUUCUUUUGACUUCUCCUUCCUUACCCCUUUUCUUCUUUUUCCCAUUUCUUUUAGUUUAUGGCAUCCACUGUUUCGUUGCCCCUUUGUUCAUCUCAUUCAUCCUCUGAUCACUGCGAAAUUCUUGCUGUCUGACGUAUGAUCAAAGUUAAUGUUUUGAUUAAGCCAUUGAUUUUUUUGUCGUUAAUCAAUUUCGGGCUUAUUUCGAUUUCUAUUUUAGUUGGAAAAACUAAUCAAAAGAUUUUAUCUGUGCGGCUUUCCAUUGGUGAGCUCUGUUUUUCAGAGGUUCAAUUCUCUCUCUUUACCUCUUCGAUUUCAGUGAUUCUCUUCUCUUAAAUUUUUAAUUUUCAGUGCUAUUUUCCUCCAUUUUUAAUUCCUCGAUUUGGUUGCUUAAUGUUGGAAUCUAUGCCUAAUCUAAUUACUCCACCCACCUUAAUCAUCUGAGAAUGUUCUUCUAAUCUCUUCUUGCCACAUUAAAAAAUAAAUAAAUACCAAUUGAUUUCUUUGGGGAUAAAGUAUACUUUUUCUUCCACAAAAUUAAUAUCUGCAAUAAUGGGUUGUGCGACUUCGAAGCCGAAGGUGUGCCACAAAUGCAGGGCUCCUUGUUCACCGGUGCGCCGGAGCUACUCAAUGCACGACGAUAGCUACCAUAUGGUGGCUCUCACUUCAUCCACGUUAGGAUCUCUGAAGCUUGAUCCACUCAACCAAAGUCAAUCAAUCAAAGACGAUAGAUCUUCUUUUGAGCUUUGUGAUUUCGAUGAAGUGAAGAGCUGCAAAGAAGAAUUUGCUAUGGGUUUGAUUGAAGCAAAAACAUGGUCAGAAAUGAUCAAUGAGAAAAUCCCCAAAGUGGUUCCGAAAACCCCCAUUAGAACUCCACCUGGUGAGCCAGAAACUAUCAAUACUUGGGAAUUAAUGGAAGGUCUUGAAGAUUCAAGUCCCCUUAAACCUGCUCAUCAUGUUCGAAGUUUUUCAUUCCAUGUUUCUCCAAAUCCAAAUCCAUCACAAUAUGAUCUGCCUACGCCCAGAGUUAAAGAUCAUAUCGAAGGUUCCCCAAAGCCAUUGUGGGAGGAGGUAGCUGAAGAUGAAACGAACUCAAAUUCAAACGACACAUCAAUCGUGUCCGAGUUUGAUCCUGAAGUGAUUUCUACAUUCAGAAAAGCAUUAGAAGAUCUCCCGCCGGCAAACCCAUUUCACCUUAAACCGUUAAUUACUGAAAAACAGCAGCCGGGGGCCGACGAGGAAGAUCCAUUGGAGAUACUGGAUGUGAAGAAAGUAAAUGGGGAAGUACCAGAGUACAAGGUCGGUAAAGAUAAAAUUGUUGUUUAUUUCACAAGCCUAAGAGGGGUGAGGAAAACAUAUGAGGAUUGUUGUCAUGUUCGAGUGAUUCUGAAGGGAUUAGGUAUCAAAAUCGACGAAAGAGAUGUAUCAAUGCAUUCGGGGUUCAAAGAGGAACUGAAAGAAUUGCUGGGAAAUGAAUACAGUAGAGGGGGAUUGCCUAGGAUAUUUAUGGGGAAAAAAUACAUUGGUGGAGCUGAUGAAAUACGUCGAAUGAACGAGGAUGGAAAACUGGAGAAGUUCGUAGAAAACUGUGAAAGAAUUGAGGAUGGUGCUGUCAUUGGAGGUUGUAAUUGUGAAGCCUGUGGAGAUAUUAGAUUUGUACCUUGUGAGACAUGUUCGGGGAGCUGUAAAAUUUAUUAUGAAGAAGAUAACGAAGAAGAACUCGAAGAACUCGAAGAAGAUGAAUACGGCUUCCAACGAUGCCCAGAUUGCAAUGAGAACGGACUUAUUCGAUGUCCAAUUUGUUGUGAUUAAGUGAAGAGUUUUGAUUGAGUUUAAUAUAGUCAUAACCAACCAAAAACAUGUUCCAAGCUCUGGAGUUGUGGUGUUAAAAGUCUUCUGUAAUACAUUUUCCAGGUAAAACGAGAAGCCUAUACAAUUUUGAA